AUGUCGGUCAACAGAACUCUUGCUUUUCUCGCCUUUAUUACUAUUGCCAUGUGGAUAAUGCCGGUGCAUGCUAUCCAAUGCCAUUUGUAUCACAAAAUCUGGGAAGACGGCCAUGUGUUGCGAAUCAAUCCCGACGUGUGUCAUUCAUCGUCGAAGUACUGUGUUCGAGCGACAUAUUCGGACCCGGAUCCAAGAAAGAAGAACGGAUUCUCGAUGGGAUGCGACAAAGUUGACUGUGCUGGUAUUGAAGGUGGAAAAAGUCACUGGUUUGAGAAGGAGAAAGGAAUGAUGUGCCGCAAGAGUCGAGAUUAUGGGAAGCACGGGUUGGCAAUCAAGGUCUUUGUUAUUUAA